GCCCAACAUAAAAGCCGAAUCAAAACGACACCGUUCUCCCAACCUCUCCCAAGUCUCACCGAAACAGAGGAGCCAGUGAGACAAAGGGUUUCUCAAGGGUUUUGGCCACUCAGGGAAUCCGCCAUGAGACGAGCUUCGUCGAAGCUUGUAUCACACCUCUCCUAUUACAGAAACCUUACUCCUCUUCUUUCCAGAAAUUACAUCCCGGAACUCUCUCCCUCUAUAUCCGCCAAUGAUCACGUUUCAUCAUUAUCAUCGUCGUCAUCCAACCAUAUCAGACCCUGCAAAAAAGCCAGUGGUUUGCUACUCUCAAAGGCCAAAUCCGACCCAUUUCAGACAAACUCAUCUCGAAAUCUCAAUACCCAGAGUGAAACUCCCCCGCAAAUCUCCUCAAGACAGAGAAAAAUCAAAGAAAGAUCGCAGCUUGAGGAGACUUUUGAGUCUGCAACCUCAACUGAGUCAAUGCUAAAAGCAUUUCAAGAAAUGGAGUCAUCUUUUGAUGAGAAAGAGCUUGGGUUGGCUUCCUUGAAACUUGGCCUCAAAAUGGACCAGGAAGGUGAGGACCCUGAAAAGACUCUGGCAUUUGCUAAUAGAGCUUUAAAGGCUUUAGAUAAAAAUGACAAACCUUCUUUACUUGUUGCCAUGGCUUUACAAUUAAUGGGUUCUGCUAAUUAUAGCUUAAAAAGGUUUAAUGACAGUUUGGGGUACCUUAAUAGAGCCAAUAGGGUAUUGGGUAGGUUAGAGGAGGAGGGUUCUUGUAGUGUUGAUGAUAUUAGGCCGGUGCUUCAUGCCGUCCAGCUUGAGUUGGCAAAUGUGAAGACUGCCGUGGGGAGGAGAGAGGAAGCUCUUGUGAAUCUCACCAAAUGUUUGGAAAUAAAGGAAAUGACUUUGGAGAAAGAUAGCAAGGAAUUGGGUGCAGCAUAUCGGGAUUUGGCUGAAGCGCACACUGCAGUUCUGAAUUUUAAGGAAGCACUGCCAUUUUGUUUGAAGGCGUUGGAGAUACAUAAGAAACAAUUGGGACAUAAUUCAGUAGAGGUGGCACAUGAUAGGCGACUUCUUGGGGUUGUUUAUACUGGGUUGGAAGAGCACCAGAAGGCAUUGGAACAGAAUGAGUUAUCACAGAAGGUUUUGAAGAAUUGGGGUCUUAGUUCUGAACUACUACGUGCGGAGAUUGAUGCUGCAAAUAUGCAGAUUGCAUUGGGGAAGUAUGAUGAAGCCAUAAAUACUUUGAAGGGUGUUGUUCAGCGGACUGAUAAAGAGAGUGAGAAUCGAGCACUGGUUUUUAUUUCUAUGGCAAAAGCCUUGUGUAAUCAGGAGAAGUUUGCAGACUCAAAGAGGUGCUUAGAGAUUGCCUGUGGAGUUCUUGAUAAGAGAGAAAUGGUGUCUCCUGUUGAAGUUGCUGAGGCGUACAUGGAGAUAUCAAUGCAGUAUGAGACUAUGAAUGAAUUUGAAACUGCAAUUUCAUUGUUGAAGAGAACUCUGGCCAUGCUUGAGAAGCUCCCGCAAGAACAGCACUCAGAAGGAAGUGUUUCUGCAAGAAUAGGAUGGUUGCUUCUAUUGACAGGUAAGGUGGCGCAGGCCAUUCCCUACUUGGAGAGUGCUGCAGAAAGGUUGAAAGAGAGCUUUGGUUCAAAGCACUUUGGGGUGGGGUACAUUUACAACAAUUUGGGGGCAGCAUAUUUAGAACUUGAUAGACCUCAGUCAGCUGCACAGAUGUUUGCAGUUGCAAAGGACAUUAUGGAUGUCUCACUUGGCCCUCAUCAUGCGGAUUCAAUUGAGGCAUGCCAGAACCUUUCAAAAGCAUAUGGUGCCAUGGGAAGCUAUGUGCUUGCAAUUGAGUUCCAGCAGCGAGUGAUUGAUGCAUGGGAAGGCCAUGGGCCGAGUGCUUAUGAAGAACUCAGAGAAGCCCAAAGGAUUCUCACAGAACUAAAGAAGAAAGCUCGUGGUGCAACCUCAAAUGAGCUUAUUACAAAGGCCUUGCCUUUGCCCCACUCUACUGGGUCUGCCCCAACCAGAAAUUUGCCAUCUGAUGUUCCAGUUGAUGAAAAGCGAUCGAAUGUAAUUUAGCAUACUCUUUUUAUGAACUGACCUACUGCAUAGUGAAGCACAUUGAUGCAAAAUUGAGUUUUCUCCUGGCUACGGCAUAGAUUAUCGGUUUGGUUAUUUUGGUAUCUUUGUAAUACAUAUAAUAAUGUAGCUACUGGCUUAGCAUCCAUGAAGGUGCCUAAGCAGAUACCCAUGAAUUUUGCUAUUCUUUGAUAUCCAUUUUGGGGAAACCUUAACAACUUCUUUACCA